AUGUGUGAAGAACCUUUCGACUGUCUCAACGCCACUGGGACAUUGGAAAGCCUCGAAGACUUGCAGCAUGGUAUUGCCAAACCCAGUGGCACAAAUCUUCAGUCUUGGUGCUACUCCGAGGCCAGAAGCAUUGAAGCCGUGGUCCCUCAUUGUUUGCUACGGCACGAUCCUCUAGCCACUGCAAAGGCCCUUUUUGCCAAAAGUGUCGAGCUGCAUCCGCUGGAUGACAUCGAUGUGACGCUGAAUACCACCAUCCCCGAGGCAGAGGCCAUGUGCGACGCACGCUAUCCCGAACCCAAUGGCUGGCGUAGCGUGGGCUUCUCAGCGAUCCCGGCGGGACCGAAGGAUCAUUUCACGCGAGUGGAAGAUGCCGAGAAGUAUGUCCUGUUUGCUUGCGCCAUGGGCAACUACCAUGGCGACGUGAUCUAUUGUCGCGAGAGCUAUUGCCACAAUCAGUACUACAAGGAGAAGUUCCAGCACCUGGCGCCUAAGUGA